AUGAAGGCGUUCAUCGCGAUCCCGACCCUCAUGGCUGCCUCCGCUCUCGCAGCCCCUGAACCAGCCUGGUCCUUCACUUUCACCUUCUCCGAUGCUCACAGCACCUGGACUUCCUGCACCUACGCGACCGCUGCGCCAAAUGCAACCACCACUGAAGCCGCCAGCAGUGCUUGGACAGGACCUUCCGAAUGGACUUCCACCACCUCCUAUACCGCAACCUACAGUUCAGGAUCAUCGACCUGGGCCGUUCCCACGGCCAUCUCUUACAGUGUCGCCGAGAGCUGGACCAGCAUGAUCCCCGCUUCUUCAUCAUCAUCAUCAUCAUCCGGCGGCGAGGAGGCCAAGCCUACCACCGAAGCACCCACCUCGGUCGCUCCCGUCACUACCGCUCCUGUUUCCACCUCUCCAGCUUCCUCCGCCUACACUGGAGCCGCCGUUCAUAACGUCGACGGCAAUAUAGCUGGUGUCGGCGCCAUGGCCAUGGCCGGUUUGGUUUUGGUUCUGUAA